AUGGUUGAUCAUAAGGAUAUAGAACUUGCGCAAAUCAAAGUCAUAAAAACUGCAUUGCGAAAGGGGAAAAGAUAUGAUAAUCUUGCAAAAAAUUAUGGAGAAUAUCUAAAGAAAUUACGAGCUGAAAAGAAUCCGAAUGACUAUAUUAAGACAGUUGCAAUCAAGAUGUUCCCUAGCGAAGAGGCAUACAAUUUAAGGCUAGAAAAUUAUCGAAGUAGGUAUGCAGACAAAGAUUUGUGUGCCAGCCUAGAGGAAUUAUAUGAGCUUUAUUAUCAUAUAGCUAAAGAGGAGAAUCGUGAAAGAUCAGAUGAAGAAAUAGAACAAAUGCUCAGAGCAAUUUUAGAUGAUAUUAUAGAAGAUGCGAAUAAAAAUAUUAAAAAGGUGUUUCUAGCAGGGGUUGCACCUGAAUUUCGACAAGAAGCAUAUAUAAUUGGUCUUAAAUUAACAUUGGAUAGAUUGGCACAGGAGCUAGAGUUUGCGCAAAAAGAUGAUUGUUCUUCAAAGCCAGCCAGUCCGGAGCAAUGAUACAGUAGUUAUAUUUGAAGAUCUAUGUGCUGAUCAUUAGCUCGGAAGACUUAGCACAGAUUUCUGCGCAAUGA